GCCAAUCUCAGUCUCUCACUCUUCCAUGUUCGAGUUUGACCACUAACAUCUCUCUCUCCAUCACUGCGCGUGGCUUCUCCCCCCUCAUCUUCUCUCUCUCUGUUCUCGAGGAGACGACGAGCAGAGGAGCAGGAGCAGCUCCUUUCACUGUUGGAGCAGAAGAACUUUUUCUUGUUUGGUCUUGCUUUCUUUCUCUGCUCUUCACUGCUAAAAUGGCAGCUUCCUAAUCCUCUCCUCGAGCUUCAUUUUCUAGGGCUUUACACAAAAAUCAUCCAUCCAAUCACUUGAUUCUUUUUCUUCUCUCUCCAUUAUUGCUUUUCUCAUCCUCUUUAGUUCACCAUCUUCAUCGUUUAGAGCAGAGAAUCACUUGCUGUUUGCGUUAAGAUAUGUAGUUGAUGCAAACCUAACUAACCCAAAAGUUAAGCAAAUAAAUUCAUUACCAAUUAACUUCUUUCUGUUCUCUUGAAUCAUUGGAUCGUCGUUUUGUUCCUCUGUUAUGUCCUUUUACAUCCCAUCGUAUCAUUGUACGGCUUUUUAUGUUUUUCUGCUGUGGUUUCGUGUUUUCUUUACUUUCCUGUGCUCUAGUCUGGGACUGAGAGCUACCACAUUCUAUUUUCUUUGCGUGUCUUUAGAAACCUGGGAUUUUCCCAUGGAUUUUGUCGAGAUUUCCUGGUUUUUUCUUAAUGGGGUGGAUUUGGGACUUGAGAUUUGAGCGAGCGCAUUUGGUUUUUGCAAAAUUAAUUCCGACCAUUUUUUCUGCGGGUUUUGGUGUAUCUUAGUCACUCAUCGUCCUUCUCUUCUUUCUUGGUCGGAGAGAUGAAUGGAUCUACGGGCAAAACGUCAUCAUGUCUGGCGAUAACAGAGAAACGGCCUCACCGCCCAGGUGGUUGUGUGGGCAUUUUCUUUCAGCUCUUUGAUUGGAAUCGGAGAUUUCAUAAGAAAAAGCUGUUCUCCAAGAAAUUGCUUCCUCCAGCUCGUGAGAAGCAAUCAUCAAAGAAGUUUGGAGGGGAUGAGAAGAUGCCCAAAACCAAGUCCCAUUUGAUUGCCGAUGAGAACAGCAGGGGUUUCCCCAAUGUAAAGAAAAAUGGAAACCGUAGUGAUAAUACAGAGCAGAAGCAUGAAAUGCGAGCUCCCGGUUUGGUUGCUAGGCUUAUGGGUCUUGAAUCUUUGCCUGCAGUUCACCGAGAGAAGCACAAGAAAGUUUCAAAAACUCCACCUUGUGACGUUAGAGAAGAGAAAUUUGUUAAUAGCCAUAGCGGGUCUGAUAUGGAAGUUGUGAACUUGGAGAAGGGAAGCUCUAAGAUCGAAUCUAGGCCUCAAAAGCUUCAGAAGACAGGGCAGUCUGAGAGACGGGCAGUCACCAGGUUUGGAGCUGAGGCUUUGCAAAUUAAGAAUGUAUUGUCGAGAGCAAGAAAGCAUAAUCAUCCGAAGCUUGCUUCACCAGUGAAGAGUCCUAGGAUUUCCUCUUCCAGGAAUGUAUCUAGAGCAUCCAGAUUAAUAGAUGCUGCUACCCGGAUUUUGGAACCUGGUUUGCAUGCUACAAGUAGAGCAAAAUGUGCUCUUACUUAUUCAAGUUCUAGGAAUUAUGUUCCCGAAAAUGAAGUUUUGAUGGAUGCAAUGGGAUUGGGAGUGGUGUCACCAGAUGUACAGGAACAACAUAGAAAUGAUGUCAACUAUAAUGUGGGUGUGGACAAGUCUUUGAUGGGGCAGACUUCUUGCAAAAACUGUGGAAAUUUGCUUGAUGUAGUGGAUUCUAGACCGAAUGUGGAGGAGCAGCCAUUUGUAUAUCAAUCCUUAGCUGCAAAUGUUGCCAAUAAGUCUUUGCAGGGCUUGGAAAGGAUUGAGCCAAGGCAACUCAAUUCUUACCCUCAGCAAGAUAGGGAUGCAGCUUAUCUGAGAAAUCAGGUUCAAUCUGCUGAAAGACUAGAUAGCACAAGGGCUUGUAGUGAACUCAUCUCAGAUAGGAAACCUGCGUCUUCAGAGGGCCAAAUGCCGCGGCAAUUGAAAAGCCAACAGUACCGGCCUCAAAAGGAUGAGCCUUCAUCUAGUCCUUUCCAGCAAAGGACCCCAAAUGAAGCGGCAGUCGCCAAAGGUAGAAUUCCACCAAGAGCUAAACUAAACAAUCUGCAAAGCAGGAGAGAUUCUUCAGCAGCCAAUGCCGUUACUGGAGCCAAAGAUUUUGUUGCUUUGAACAGAAGUUUAAGUGGUCGCACUAGGCCAAGGGUAUCCAACAAGACAGAAAAUUACAUGGUUGAUACACAGAGAAAAUUUUGUAGCAGGCGAGAUGAUUCCUUGUCACAAUUAAGGAACCCAGUGAGAAAGAGGAGGACUGUAAGCAUCAAUGCGCAACUUGAUAGUAGUGGACUUGUUAAUCCAACUUCUAUGAGACAAAAAAACGUCAAGUCCGAUUUCAUGUCUGGAAGAGAACUGGAGCAUAAUGCUCCCCCUGCAGGCGGUGCAAGCAUCAAAGCCAGAUCAGCCAUUCAUGGGGAAGUUCAUAGAACUAAUGGCGAUAACAACAAUGAUGUUGUAUCUUUUACAUUUAGUUCCCCAUUGAGGCGAAAAAAUUUGGUUCCCUUGGGGUUGAGAGAUAUGAAGGAUCACAUUGAUAAGAAUGCUUCUCACCAAAGAAAGCUACCAUUUGAUGAAAACGAUGGCAAAAUAUCUUCGCAGAGACAAAUGCCAUUGAGAGGAGAUACGUUAGGGGCAAUUUUGGAGCAAAAACUAAAGGAAUUAACUUCUCAGGAAGAGGAUGAAUUGACAAAUGGAGGUAGCGUUCCUAAGAGGUCAACUGCUAUGAUUUUACAAGAACUGAUAUCAGCUUUAACAUCACAGCAGCCUUUUUAUCCAGAUGGUCAUAUGGUCAAUGCAGAAACAACUUUCCAGACCGAAGGAAGGGUAGGAGGAAGUUCAGUUGGGUUUUCACAUGAUGUUGAUCACCUAAGUCCUGGAUCUGUUCUUGAAGCUCCAUUCUCAAAUGACAGUUGCUUUUCUAGCAGUCUGGAUGAUUGCUCUGCGCGGAGGCUGCGUUCUGACUCCAUGGAUUAUUCAUUUGAUCUUCUGGAUUCUGCAACCUCUGCAAAUGAGUAUAUGGGUAGCAAAAUAGUGACUGAUCUUCUCAACCAUAUUUCAAGAAUAUUACCGAGUAUUGAUCUUGCUGGUGGUGGAUUAAAAGGAAGCAGGCUCACCUACGUAAAGGAGGUGAUCUUGAAUGCUGAACUGUUGUUUGGAAGUGCAGCUGCACGUAAUUCAGAUGGAAUGAAAAGUAUGCUGAGAGGUCCUAUUCUAUUUGAUGAACUUGAAACUCUUGCCAGUGCCAUGUGGACGGAUUUCAAUAGCAUUGGGUUUGUGGAGAGCAAGGAGGGUAGAAAAGAUAGUCGAGUUAGAAGGUUUCUUUUUGAUUGUGUGAUAGAAUGCUUAGAUUCAAAGUAUAGCAAGUACUGUAACUCAGGAUUCAAAGCAUGGAGAAGAGUCCCCUUGUGCAUGAAUACAGAAAUGCUGAUUGAAGAAGUUGGAGAAGAGAUCAGAAGUUGGACGAAUUUGGCUGGGAUGAUUCCAGACGAGAUAAUAGAAUGGGAGAUGAGUCAUUCAUUGGGAAAAUGGACUGAUUUUGAGAUUGAAGCAUUUGAAAGUGGAGCUCAAAUUGAUUGGGAUAUACUUCGAGUUUUGGUUGAUGAACUUGUAAUGGACUUGUGGGAUUGCGGGCUGGGUUCCUUCUGAAGUGCCCGAGGCUUUGUAAGAUUCUCUUUUUUUUCUUUUCUUUUAGCAAUGUGAAAUGUGAAAAGGUUAACCUGUGGUCUAAUCUGAUGAUGGCAAAGGUUGUCCGUCAGGCUUGAUGGAUGAUUUUUUAAAAUGGCUAAUGACUUUAUGUAAA